GUGAAAGCGGGGCUGGGAAGACUGAGGCCAGUAAAUACAUUAUGCAGUACAUAGCAGCCAUUACCAACCCCAGUCAGAGAGCAGAGGUGGAAAGAGUGAAGAACAUACUCCUGAAAUCCAACUGUGUGUUAGAGGCCUUUGGCAAUGCCAAAACAAACCGUAAUGACAAUUCCAGCAGGUUUGGAAAAUAUAUGGAUAUCAACUUUGAUUUUAAAGGAGACCCAAUAGGUGGCCAUAUCAAUAAUUACUUACUAGAAAAGUCCCGUGUGAUUGUGCAACAGCCGGGAGAACGAAGCUUUCAUUCUUUUUACCAGCUCCUGCAGGGGGGUUCUGACCAGAUGUUACGUUCUCUACAUCUUCAGAAGGACGCAUCUGCAUACAGCUAUAUCUGUCCUGGAGCACAGCUAAAGUGUUCCAUCAACGAUGGUGCAGAGUUCAAAGCAGUAGCUGAUGCCAUGAAGGUGAUAGGCUUCAAGCAAGAGGAGAUUCAGACUGUUUACAAAAUUGUGGCAGCCAUUCUUCACUUGGGGAACUUGAAAUUUUCUGUGGAUGGUGAUACGCCUGUAAUAGAAAAUGGCAAAGUUGUGUCGAUCAUCGCAGACUUGCUGUCAACAAAAUCUGACAUGGUGGAGAAGGCUCUUCUGUUUCGAACUGUAGCUACGGGUCGGGAUGUCAUUGACAAACAACAUACUGAACAAGAAGCCACCUAUGGCAGAGAUGCCUUUGCAAAAGCUAUCUACGAGCGCCUCUUUUGUUGGAUUGUGACACACAUCAAUGAUGUGAUUGAAGUGAAGAACUAUGACACUACAGUACAUGGGAAAAACACCGUCAUUGGCGUCCUGGAUAUCUAUGGCUUUGAAAUAUUUGACAAUAACAGUUUUGAGCAAUUUUGCAUUAAUUAUUGCAAUGAAAAGCUACAGCAGCUCUUUAUUCAGCUGGUUCUAAAACAGGAGCAAGAAGAGUAUCAGCGAGAGGGAAUUCCUUGGAAGCAUAUUGAUUACUUUAACAAUCAGGUGAUUGUGGACCUGGUAGAGCAGCAGCACAAAGGGAUCAUUGCCAUUCUGGAUGAUGCCUGCAUGAAUGUUGGAAAAGUUACAGAUGAGAUGUUCCUAGAGGCUCUUAACAACAAGCUAGGGAAGCAUGCUCAUUUCUCCAGCAGAAAG